AAUGAGAUUCGUUGAUUAUGGUGGAGGUGAAUGCGACGCGGUUCACACCUUCAGCUCGAAGAAAUCCGAUUCCAACUAAACUUAGAUGCGCUGUUCGAUCAGUGGGUUUCUUUUUUGCUUCUAACUCUUCAAUAUUUUUUCUAAAUUUCUUUUGCAUAUCGAUUCUUUCCCAUUUUUGGCUUUUCGAUGUUUUUGAGGGAUUGGCGUUUUGAGCUUUUCUCAGUUGUUCAUAAUCUGGUCUGGACGCUAUAGUAGAUGGUAAUUUCGAGAAGAUUUCUUCUCGUAUUCCUGGGUUUCGGUCGAUUCUCAGGCUGUGUUUGGUAGGAUAGCACUACAUAAAACUUUGUUGUGAUAAUGUCAAGACCUUGGGUUCUUGUCUGUCUGCUGUUAUUGAUCGUGUUCUCAUCGCAACUUGAGUGGAGGCAACAGUAUGAGAACGAGCUUGAAGCAGGUCCAAACGCCUCACAGAGUGAACCACAUGUGUCUGAUAGAGAGGAAGCUGUAAAAGAAAAGAUUAUCCUUUCCCAGGAGAGAAAUAUCCGGAGAUUGAAUGAGCUGGUGCAGAGUCUUAGAACACAGUUACUCCAGUGCAGGGGCGAACACGAGGCAGAGAAUAGCAUGGUGACGCCCAUGACUGAGCUUCUCACAGUGCUCGACCAGCAGCCAUUGUUAGACGAUUAGAUCCCACGGUACUAACCACCAUACUUGAUGUUUGCAGGUUCUAUUUCACUGAUAUUAUAUAUCAAAUACAAGCUCUAUUACAAGUCAUUGUAGAUGCUACUGUGUGAAUUCCUUCCCUAUUCUAGUUUCUUAUCUGUGAUUCCUGGGUUUGAUUCAUCUAGUUCAUGCUGUGGCUUUAGAACUGGUGCCGCUAUCUUGAAACAUCCAUUGCCCUCUUUCACACCUUGACAUCACUAAAACUUAGACCAUUCUUAUAUUCAAUGCUUUCUUAGUACUACAAACUAA